UUUUUCAUUCUGCGAAAUAUUUUAUGGUAGAGAACACGUUUUCUUUGGAUAACAUGCGGCAAUUUUUUGUUACAAAUUAAAUCGCAAUAGGAUAAAUUUUGUGAUUUAUAAUUACUGUGUCUUUAAGUUUUAAUCAUUAUUUCUGUAAUAUAGUUGAAUAAUUAUUACAUAAUGGCUAAUAGGUGUGACUGUAGUCAAAAAGGCUUGCUAGUUGGUAUUGGUAAUCCCUUGCUGGAUAUAUCAGCUAUUGUGGAUGAAUCCCUUCUUCAGAAAUAUGAACUGCAAGCCGAUGGAGCCAUCAUGGCUGAAGACAAGCAUAUGCCACUCUACAAAGAGCUUAUGGAAAAAUACAAAGCAGAAUUCAUAGCUGGUGGAAGUGUUCAGAAUUCCUUACGUGUGGCACAAUGGAUCCUUAAGAAACCUCAUGUAUGCACAUACUUUGGUUGUGUUGGCAAUGACGAUUACGCACGGAUUUUAAGAGAAAGAGCAGAGGCAGAAGGAGUAACAGUCCGAUACCAAGUAACAGACGAAGCACCAACGGGAACAUGCGCGGUACUGGUUACGGGGACACAUAGGUCGUUAUGUGCUAACCUUGCUGCAGCACAAAAGUUCACACCAGAUCAUUUGGGGAAGGAAGAUUGUCGGAAGAGCAUUGCCAGCGCAAAGUUCUUCUAUACAUCGGGUUUCUUCGUAGCAGUUUCACCCGAGUCUAUUAUGCAGCUCGCCAAACAUGCGCAUGAGCAUUCACAUACAUUCGUUAUGAAUUUGAGUGCACCUUUUGUUUCCCAGUUCUACAAGGAACCAUUAUCACAAAUUAUGCCAUAUGUGGAUGUUUUAUUUGGUAACGAAUCUGAAGCAGAAGCAUUUGCACAAGCCUUCAAUAUAACUGAAACGGAUUUGCAGCAAGUAGCCCUCCAAAUAGCCGCUUUACCAAAGCUUAAUUCGCGAAAUCGCGUCGUUGUAAUCACCCAAGGAAAGGACCCGGUCAUUUUAGUGGAGGGACCCAAAAUAUCCUUAAUACCAGUUAUUUAUUUGACCCGGGAACAAAUUGUGGACACCAACGGUGCCGGGGAUGCGUUCACGGGGGGUUUUCUAAGUCAAUUAGUUAUGGGAAAGUCCCACGAAACGUGUGUCAAAUGUGGUAUAUACAGUGCAACUCAUAUUAUACAGCAUUCGGGCUGCACUGUUAGUGGUGAAAGUGAUUUCCAUGAAUAAUUUUACUAAGCCACUCAACUUGCUAUAAUUUUCAUAUGAACGGGUAGAUUUUAAAAAUUAAGAGUUAGAGAUUUCUUAAGUUUUAAAAUGCACUAAAAUCUAAAGUUAUAUAUAUUGUACCAUUAAAAGAAUGUUGCUAUGUCAAUGUGACCAUUGCUUUUUAAUCAACAAUAUUGAAGAAAUAUCAAUGAUAUAGGUACUUUUACUUGAUAAUAAAUCUAUAUAUGUUUUUGAGUGAAGCCUAACGUUGUAAUUGUUGUUAAAAUGAUUUUAAAUUAUUUUGUAUGUUCAGUAAUUCUAAUAUGCAGCAAUAAAUAUGGAUGAAAAGCAAUAUGUGAAUUUCUUGUAAAUGUCUCGAUGUAACAUUCUUUACUAUGUAAGUUUAACUUAAUGUUCUUUCGAUUGUUAUGAAUUCAAUUCAAUUGUAUUAGCCUUAAAAAGUAAGAAAGAAAUAACAUAACAUGAGUUAAUUUUGCAUAGAGACAAUUGAGCAAUGUAUAUUUUAAUGUAUUUUGAUAGAAUUUUUUUCAAUUCUACUGCAGUGUUGAUAAUAAAUAGACAUCUUUAAAAGAAAAUCGGUAACAUGAAUAAUUAUAAAAUAUUGUGCUAAAAGUAUGUUAACAUUAAUACAAGUAUAGUUUUAAGCACUGUCGAAACAUUUGCUAAACUAAACUAGUCUAACUUUGAGUAACAACUCAAAGGACCUUAAAGUUUCUGUUAAAGUAUAAGUUACAAUUACAGUACAGAUUUUAGUUUAAUGCACAAUAUUACAUCAAAAAGAAAUUGUUACCAGAUCUGUAAGAUAGUUUGAAGUGUUUGUACUUAUGAGCUAUGGAUGAUAUGAAUAAAUAGUUUUUUUUAAAUAA